UUAUGCAAAAAUGACAAAGUAGGCGCCAAGGGUCUCGCUCGUGGCACCACAGCGCGCAUAAUAAUAACGCUGCCGACUUGGAGCCAUCGUCGUCAUCUGACGAGAGUAUAAUCAUCGGCACCCGCGGGCGGCGUGACCAGGCCCGCCGCGAUCCAGUGGCGGGCGCCGCCAGGAACUGUGGCCCCCGCGACGGUGCCGGAGACGUGACGGCCGCUCAUCCGAAGGACGGCGUCGUCACGGGUCGCAAGAGGGCAACCGAGCUCUCGCUCGCUUGCGCGGACGAUCGUUCGUCAGUCGGAGCAGCAAAGUGCAUGAUGCAAGAAUCAUGCGGCCGAACCCAUGCUCAGCUGGUAAUCGUCGAUCUCGAUGCGGAUGUGCCGACAUCACGGAGCAGGUCCGCAGGGCGGCGUUCGAGCAGUUCUAUUCUGCCACCAGCAACGCUGAGCAACGCAGCAUGCUCUCAAAGUCGAUAUCGAUCGUCAAAAAACAAAGUGGGAGCAGCAGACGCGUGGUUGUCGCUUACACAAUAGAGAGGGAGAACGGUGAGCGACUGCCUGUCUGCCGUAAAUUUCUGAUGGCCACACUGGACAUAACGGCGGAACAAGUGCGCACAGUCAUCAAGAACACGAGGUCCGGCCAUCCGCAGACGACGCGCCGAGGUGGCGCGCGUCGCUCGGUCGACCCGCAGAAGCUGGACGCGCUGCGCGCCUGGAUCGGCGCGCUGCCCGCCGUGCCGAGCCACUACUGCCGCGCUAAGUCAGCGCGUCGCUAUCUGCCGUCUGACGUCAGCAGCGUGCAUAGUUUAUACAGGAUGUAUCGCACUGCCGUUCCGGGGGCCCUCAGAUUCGGAGUGUUCAGAAAAGUUUUCAAGACGUUUAACAUCGGCAUCCACCAGCCCCGCAAAGAUAAGUGCAUCAUGUGCACACAGCACGAGCGAGGAGAAAUCACGGAGGAGGAGAUUCAUGAGCACCUGGCCGAGAAGCGGGCACUCUCCGACUUCUUCGCCGCCGCCCAGCAGCGCCGUGACGAGCAGGAGCGCGUCGCCUCCUUCGACCUGCAGAAAGUCCUCAACACCCCACACACGGAUUCGAUGCUCGUCGGAUAUUCACGCAGGUACGCUGUCUACAACGAGACUGUCUAUGAGAGCCAGACCCGUCGCGGCCUCUGUUUCCUGUGGGGAGAAACCGACGGCAAGCGCGGCGCCAACGAGGUCACGACGGUCGUGUGGCGUUACCUCAAGCUCGUCGACCAGGAGAGGAACGUCACAAAAGUCAGUCUCUUCUGCGACUCCUGCUCGGGUCAGAAUCGCAACAGGAUCCUGAUGAGCUCGCUUCCCGUGAUGCUGAAGAACCUGCAGAACAUCCACACGAUACAGGUCACGUUCCUCCUGCCCGGGCACACGUCCAUGCCCGUCGACAGCGUGCACGGCACCAUCGAGCGGUUCGUCCGGAAGCGCGCUGUCUGGGCACCGUCUGAGUGGCCCGCAUUCAUUCGCGCGGCACGUGUCAACCCCUUCCCUUACGAAGUGGUCAAAAUGGCGCACGACGACUUCCUCGACUGGUCGUCCAAGGAACUGUUCAAGACCAACAAGAACGAAGACGGGGAGCGCGUUCCAUGGGGCUCCAUCCGCUUCGUUCAAGCCACGUCCACUGGCGUCAAGUACGCUACCAGCGUACAAGAGGCGGGCCAGGAGGGCAUCAAGCUCCACAGCGUCAUUCCGCAGCGCUCGUCACGGAGAGGUCGUCGUCCCAGCGCCGACAGCAGCCUUCCUGGAAAGGCGUAUCCCGCACCGCUGGCCAUAAACCCGGCUAAGUACAGGGACCUCGUGGCCCUCGUCGACAAGGGGAUAAUUCCCCAGGAGAGGCACCAGGAGUACAAGGGUAUGAAGAGUGAGCUCACGGUUCCGGAUGAGCUCGCCGAGUCGGACGAGGAAGACCAGUGAGUUCAUUCCAGUCGGCCAAUGACUGGACUAAAACUGCGCGUUGACUGUGUAUGCCUGAAAGUCUUUCAUUGUGUUGUGUUUUUGUCUGAGACUGGCAACAAGUCAUGUGUAUUCGCCUGCCUCUUCAGAUGACAGAUUUGUGUUGGGUAAGAAUAAACAGAUGCUUACAACGUAUUGUGCUGGGCAUUUAAAUUCGCUUUAAUGAUAUUAAACGAUUGUUCUUGCAAGUGGCGGCAGGAAAUUAGGGAAAUA